AUGAUGGCGCCAGGCCCUCCCGCAGGGCCCCCAGCACCCCAAAGGCUCCCGAGGCCCCGGAAGAAGCGCACGGUGUACCUCAAGGCGCAGCUGCGGGAGCUGAGGAAACAUUUCGCGAGGAACCGCUACCCCAGCCCCCAGGAGCGUCUGGCCCUGGCCGCCCGGCUCCACCUGGACAAACAGCAAUUUCGGGUGUGGUUCAAGAACCUUCGGGCCAGGCACACCAGGCUGCAGGGACUGCCCAUAGGGCGAGUUCGGGGAGCCCGCUCUGCACCCCAGGGCCCUGGAACUCCUGCCUCUGAUUCUAUCCCUGUGCCUGACCCCUUCCCAGUCCCUUUUGCCUUCCCUUCUCCAUUCCCUGUCCCUACCCCUGUUCCUGUCCCUGAUCCUGCCCCAGUCCUGGCUCCUGGGAGAUCCAGGUUCCCAGGGAGCAUCAGUGUCUACAGCAUCCACCAAAACUGGUGGGACCCAGAGCUGGGCUCCCAGGACCAUGUCCCGGCUGCCCAGGCCCUUGUCCCAGCCCCGGACCUGGCCUGGCCUCAGAACUCCUUCUCCUCAGACUUCUCGCCACGUCCCAUGCUGGCCCCCUAUUUCACAGCACUCCUCUUGCCUCAAGACCCCUUGGAGGAACCCUCGUUCCCCUUGAUGUCCGGAUCCACCGAGGACGGUGACUUGGACCUCAGGAGGUUACUGGAUUUAUAG